GCGGAGAGGCAGACGCGAGGAGGGAGGCGGCUGAGCAGCGCGGGCGGCUCUGCGGCGGGCGCGGUGGGCGCGGGCGGCGGGGCCCCGGGAUCCCCGCGCGCCUCCUCCGCGCGGCGCCGCCGCCGCGCGUCCCCACGCCCCGCGCUCCACGGCGCCCUCGCCCCGCGCGCCUCUCGUGCCCGCCUCCUGCCAGUCUCCGGGCCGCGGCCGUCUGCAGAGCGAGCGCUCAGACGGAGCCCCCGGGCAACUUGAGUGGCGCCGAUCGGCGGCGGAGCCUCUGGCAGAGCCCCCCGACCCGGCAGCGCGGAGGGGACCCGCGUCAGUCCGCGUCGCGUCGCCCCAAACCCUAAGCAGCGCCGCCCCAUCGGCGCGGAGCUCCGGCUGGAGGCAAGAGCCGCGCGCCGGGAGACACGCACCGAGAGCGGCAGCGCCGCCGGCCUCCCUCCUCGCCGCCCCGGAGGGCGAAGCCGCGGCUCCCCAGCCCUUUGCUGCGCCGCGACAGCGCCGGAACACGCCCCGCCUCUCUGCCGCCUUCGCUGUGCCGCCGGCGGAGGGGGCCGCGAGCCCCGCGCCCCGGCCGGAGGAUGUGCGCCCCCGCGGGCCGCCCAGCCUGAGCCAUGCGCCCCAACGGCGGCGGCGCGCUGGCCGGCAUGGAGCCCCGCGCGGCCGCUCUCUGACUCGCUGUGCGCCCCGCGGCCGGCGGGCGGCGGGAGGCGGCGGACCGAGAGCCGGAGACCGGCGCCGCGGGACGGAAGCGAGCGGGCGCGGGCGCCGCGCAGAUGGCCCGGGCGAGCCAGGUCUGAGGCCCCGCUCCCCGAAACGUGACCAUGUGGAUUCAACAGCUUUUAGGACUCAGCUCCAUGUCCAUCCGCUGGCCGGGCCGCCCCCUCGGAAGCCAUGCCUGGAUACUGAUAGCCAUGUUUCAGCUCGCCGUGGACCUGCCCGCCUGCGAGGCCCUGGGCCCGGGGCCGGAGUUCUGGCUUCUGCCGCGGUCGCCGCCCCGGCCGCCCCGGCUGUGGAGUUUUAGGAGUGGACAGCCGGCGCGGGUCCCGGCCCCGGUGUGGAGCCCCCGGCCGCCCCGAGUGGAGCGGAUCCACGGGCAGAUGCAGAUGCCCCGAGCCAGGCGGGCCCACAGGCCCCGGGACCAGGCGGCCGCCCUCGUGCCCAAGGCUGGACUGGCCAAGCCCCCAGCUGCUGCCAAAUCCAGCCCUUCCCUCGCCUCUUCGUCCUCGUCCUCGUCCUCCGCGGUGGCCGGUGGGGCCCCGGAGCAGCAGGCCCUCCUGAGGAGGGGCAAGAGGCACCUGCAGGGGGACGGUCUCAGCAGCUUCGACUCCAGAGGCAGCCGGCCCACCACAGAGACUGAGUUCAUCGCCUGGGGGCCCACGGGGGACGAGGAGGCCCUGGAGUCCAACACAUUUCCGGGCGUUUACGGCCCCACCACGGUCUCCAUCCUACAAACACGGAAGACAACUGUGGCCGCCACCACCACCACCACCACGGCCACCCCCAUGACGCUGCAGACUAAGGGGUUCACCGAGUCCCUGGAUCCCCGGAGAAGGAUCCCAGGUGGGGUUAGCACAACGGAGCCUUCCACCAGUCCCAGCAACAACGGGGAAGUCACCCAGCCCCCAAGGAUUCUGGGGGAGGCCUCAGGUCUGGCUGUCCAUCAGAUCAUCACCAUCACCGUCUCCCUCAUCAUGGUCAUAGCUGCUCUCAUCACAACUCUUGUCUUAAAAAAUUGCUGUGCCCAAAGCGGGAACACUCGUCGGAACAGCCACCAGCGGAAGACCAACCAGCAGGAGGAGAGCUGCCAGAACCUCACGGACUUCACCUCGGCCCGGGUGCCCAGCAGCCUGGACAUAUUCACGGCCUAUAACGAGACCCUGCAGUGUUCUCACGAGUGCGUCAGGGCAUCUGUGCCCGUGUACACCGACGAGACACUGCACUCGACGACGGGGGAGUACAAAUCCACAUUUAAUGGAAACCGACCCUCCUCUUCUGAUCGGCAUCUUAUUCCUGUGGCCUUCGUGUCUGAGAAAUGGUUUGAAAUCUCCUGCUGACUGGCCGAAGUCUUUUUUACCUCCUGGGGGCAGGGCAGACGCUGUGUGUCUGUUUCACGGAUUCCGUUGGUGAACCUGUAAAAACAAAACAAACAAAACAAAACAAAAAAGACAAAACCUAAAACUGAGCUAUCUAAGGGGGAGGGUCCCCGCACCUACCACUUCUGUUUGCCGGUGGGAAACUCACAGAGCAGGACGCUCUAGGCCAAAUCUAUUUUUGUAAAAAUGCUCAUGCCUAUGGGUGACUGCCUUCUCCCAGAGUUUUCUUUGGAGAACAGAAAGAAGAAAGAAAGGAACCAGAGGCAGAGAGACGAGGAUACCCAGCGAAAGGGACGGGAGGAAGCAUCCGAAACCUAGGAUUCGUCCUACGAUUCUGAACCUGUGCCAAUAAUACCAUUAUGUGCCAUGUACUGACCCGAAAGGCUCGGCUGCAGAGCCGGGGCCCAGCGAAUCACGCAGAGAAAUCUUACAGAAAACAGGGGUGGGAAUCUCUUCCGAUAGAGUCGCUAUUUCUGGUUAAUAUACAUAUAUAAAUAUAUAAAUACAAACGCACACACACACUUUUUUUGUACUGUAGCAAUUUUUGAAGAUCUUAAAUGUUCCUUUUUAAAAAAAAGAAUUGUGUUAUAGGUUACAAAAUCUGAUUUAUUUCACAUGCUUAGUAUGAGCAGAAUAAACCAGUGUUUUCUACUUUGGCAACUCACGUCACACACAUAUUACACACGUGUGCAUACACACACACAAUACACAUACAUGCAUAUAGACGCAUCUAUUGGAAAUGCAGUUCCACAGGUGAGCAUGUUCUUUCUGGAGACCUGGUAUUCCAUCACCAUUCACCCCAGGGGACAGCCUCGACCCAGACAAGGAGGCCCUUAAAUGACAGCCUGCAUUUGCUAGACGGUUGGUGAGUGGCAUCAAAUGUGUGACUUACUAUCUUGGGCCAGAACUAAGAAUGCCAAGGUUUUAUAUAUGUGUGUGUGUGUGUGUGUGUGUGUAUAUAUAUAUAUGUUUGCGUGUAUAUAUAUAUAUAUAUGUUUGUGUAUAUAUAUACACAUAUGCAUACAUAUGUUUUUUUUUUCAUUUAAGUAUUGGAAGAUGCUACCUAACAGCCACGUUCACAUUUACGUAGCUGGUUGCUUACAGAUGGGCCUGAGCCCCUGGUUGGGUGGGUGGUGGAUUCUUGGACGUGUGUGUCAUACAAGCAUAGACUGGAUUAAAGAAGUUUUCCAGUUCCAAAAAUUAAAGGAAUAUAUCCUUAUGAUGUGUGUGUGUAAUGUCAGGGCAGAACUUAGACAUACAUGAAGGGCCCCAGUUGGUUUGAAAACGAAAAAUGGUCAUUCUGUGUGCAAACCACAAGGCUGCCCCACUCGGGCAGUGCCCUGACCUGGCCUGUGCUGUAUUGCCUUCCCUUGCGCAGGUGGGCAGGUGUCGCCCGCUUUUUCUAGGGCCCAAGGGUGACUUGGAAUCUUGGGGGAAGUCUCGGCAAAGAUGCCGUUCUCCUGUCAGCUUCCAUUGGCUGAUGGAUGUUUCUGUUUUGUCACCGAGAAUCCUACUGUAGAACUACGCAGUGGAAACGGGCCCCAGACCUGAGCCUCAGUACAGAGAAUCCCAACCACACACACUUUAUUAAAAAUACUGCCAUGCCGCCAGGCCUCCCUCACAAGCCUCACCUGAAACGGGCUCACUGGUGUCCCAGACUUGCUGUCAACAGCGGGUGCUGUAGGGAUCUAGGGAUGCAUCUCAUGGCCCACGCUGUGCCUCCUUAAAGGAUGUUUCCUGUCUAUGGGAGAUGCCUAACAUGGUGUGGGUCCCUGUCUCCAAAGACUAUAUUUCUCACGCGUGGCCCACGUGCAACUUUAAUUUCAGCAGUAGAGUGCAUGAGCCAAUUCAGUGAAAUGUCACAGGCCAGGCAAAAAGGUUAAAGAUCAGACAGACAGCUGACCUUACUGCCCUCACUGGCCAGGCUGAUGACCUGAUUCUUCCCUCGGGCUCAGUCUCCCUCUAAAACACCUUGUGAUAUGCUUCAAAAGUUCACUUUUGUAUCUCCUGAAACAUGUGAACCUAGAGUAAGGCCUCCGGAGGUGAAAGGAUUGUUUUUGUGACGCAGCAGUGUUGAGAUCUGUAUCCAUGGUAUUGCUCACAAAUUAGGAAAAGUUGUUCUUUAGUUUUUGUUCUGUCAUUUUCCCCCCAAGCUUUGGCACAUCCUGAGACAAUGCAAACAUCUGCCACUGGCAUUUGCCCGUCUCCAGGUUCCUGGCACUCACCUGCACGGCGCUCCAGCCUGCAGCUCUCUCUGCGCGCCAUCCGGCCUCGUCCAUCCCAUUCUCCUUCAAUCACUCCCUCCCGCUGAGGUGGGCCUCCUGACUCCAGGUGAGCACAGCGUGGUGCGAGUGCAUGGUGAGGGCUGGCGGCGUCCAACAGGCAGUGGGGCGGCUGCUCUGGUCUCUGACGUUCUGAGCUCCAGAGUGAGCCCAACUGAGGAGGAGGUGACGGCCGGGGGGCCCUGUUGGUUCACUGAUCAUGAGAACCUAGGAUUCCCGAGGGACUCCUGGUAUCUGCUCUGUCAACUCCCAGCUGCUCAGCCCCCUUCUCUGACCAUGGGCGGCACCCUGGAUGCCCUGAACUCUUUCCUGGGUCCAUAAGACAUCGAGCCUUGGAAGGAAGCGUAAUGCAACAACCCUCUUGUCCCCGGUAAGAGCCACAGAUUCAAGGCAGGGCUGUGAGACCCACACAGGCACAACCACCAGACAAGCAAAUGCAUGCCCAUUCCACACCCAAAAGUCUGGUUCUGUACCAACAUGACAUCCGUCAAGGUAAAUCCACACAAAGGCUGCUAUUUCUGGAUGAUUGAGGCAGUGUCUGUAGACGUGUUACUUUACUUUUUUGAAUGGUUACCUGCUCUCCCAGACCCCUCAGCUGGGAUCGUCGUCUAGGUAAGAGGAGAUAAUGAGUGAAAGUGACUGGGCCUCGGAAAUGCAGCCCCACCCACGGUGAAGUCUGCACCAGAGCACAGACUUGUCCUACUUCGGGCCGUAUGUAUAGGUAAUGCCCAUGUACUUUGUGUGUCGGUGGCUGCUGAUUUGGCCUGAUCAGUCCUUCUGCAGCCUUGGGGCAGUGUUUCAAGCUAGUUGGUGUCCUCUCUCCUCUGCUUGACCCCUGGAAUUCAGAGUCUAAUAGUAGACACCUCCCAUCCCCCACCCAAGGCCUGGUCCUUUCCUUUGCUUGAGCUUUUAUUCCUCAAGAAAAGAACUCCAAGGAAGGGUGAUGUGGUUUGUUAGGGUUCCCCAGUUUUCGUCCACUUCCAUCUUAUUCCUCGGAGAUCCCGCAAUCGCAAACCCCCUGGCAGCCUCCUGGCACCUGCCUUUGCUUUUAAAGCUUUAGAAACAGCUGGGAAUGCACUCCUUGUACAGUCCAGUCCGUUCUCAGACAAAGUCGCUGCUAGUCUUCACACGCUUGAUGUCACUUUGUCUGAUUGGAAUAUGCGUGUCAUUGCUCUUGUUUCCGAGUUCGGUGUGAGAAAGGCAGGGUUCUCCAGGCAUGGUCGGGGAGCUUCCCCACCGUUUCCCACUGGGCUCAGAUUCCAGCCAUGACCGAGACAAAUCCAAGCCUUCUCAACGCAAUGUGGAAGCGUGGUGACACCCUGGGGUGUGUGGAGGUGGCUGCUAGUGUUCCUAUUUACUGCCCUCCUUGCACACAGAAGGGAGAGGCCACUUAGGGGACCUUGUCUUCUCCGUAGUAUUUCUAGUCCUUGCCAAUCUUGAAUUUGAGUGGACUUCUUAUAUUACACUCAGCUCCCAGAAAUUCACUCCAGUCCUUCCUGGAGCAUUGUGAAAUUAGAAACCUGAACUCAUCAGCAAACCCUACCCACUCUUUGAAUCGGGACACCAGGAAACCCGUUACUACUAAUGUGAUCUUACCAUCUUAAUCCUUUCUUUCAAAAGUACAUGACUCUUUCACAGCCAUAUUUUAGCAUCAGGAAAAGCCAUGCUUAGAGGGAUUGGUCUUCAAAAUUUUGUGUGUGAUGCCUAAUGUGUAGGCCAUAUUAAAAGGUGAACGCACCAAAGGAUCGACCCUGUCACCUUGGAUGGUCAUGCCUAAUGUGUAGGCCAUAUUAAAAGGUGAACGCACCAAAGGAUCGACCCUGUCACCUUGGAUGGUCAUGCCUAAUGUGUAGGCCAUAUUAAAAGGUGAACGCACCAAAGGAUCAACCCUGUCACCUUGGAUGGUCUCUAUUUUGACCCUGUUGCCCAUGGAGAGGUAUUUUACCCUUUCGCUUCUUUGCUCAGGUGGUCCAGGGUUGUCUGUAGCCCAGGAAGCGGACUGACCCUGUAUCUUGAAAGAUAAGACCAGGAACCGGGAGUGAGGCUGGGACUCUCACUCAGCCUUUUCACGGUCAGGCUUGGUCUUCUCAUACUUAUUUCAAGAUGGCACCAGGACACACCUUCUUUUGUGCACCUACCAUCACCCUCUUUCAUCAAGGUGAUCUCUUUCAUCAGGGCAUAUAUGAGACUUGGUGCUCCACUGGACUGUCUUCUCCCCUACCCCUGCCCCCUUCCACAAAGCCAUUUCUCAAGUCACAGUGGGAAAAGAUACCAAGACACCUGAUUUCUUGAACCAUUCUUGCUUCAGCAUGUGAAUUCUUUAAGACACUACUCACAUAUGCCAUUGGAGAGAAACAACCCGUUCUGCAUCACCAUAAUGAACUGAUCAGUCAUUCAUCCUCUUAUUCAACAAAUACUUGUUCCACUUCUACCACACUGGCCAUACAGUCGGAGGCAAGAUGGGCACAGUUAUGGCCUUGUGGGCUUUAUAUUCUACAGUGGGAGGAGGUGGAUGGUUAAUGUGAAAGCAAACCAAAAUAAUUUCCAGAGAGAGAAGAGGCAGGAAGAGAGCAGAGCAGAGUGAUGGGGCCGGGGGCAGAGAAGGAGAGAGGGGAAGAGGGAGAGAGUGGGGGGCAUUGAAGGGGAAGAAAGAGAGGCAGGGGUUGUCUACAUCUCCUCUUCCUGCGACCCAUCACCUACUGGAAAAUUACCACUUGCUGCUUGAGGGUUGGUCUGGUGUUGGAUGGAGGAAGAAGGCCUUAGUCUUAGCUCUUGGAUAAAAUACAGUGCAGCGCUGAAGAUAAGACAUCGCAGUUGUUACGACGCCUGGUUCUCCACCAAAUUCCUCUGUCAUUCCAGCAAGAGUGGAAGCAGAGGGGCAGGGGCAGGAUGAGGGCUGCUGCCCUGGUGAUGAGCUUGCCCCACCCCUGGGCACUGGCUCUGCCCAGCCCCUCACAUGUUGGUCCCAUCUGUCAGGUUGCCAGGCCAAGCAGGUCUCAGGUCAGCCAGGUCUUAAGGAGGAUAAGGGGGUUCAACGUCAGCGACUUGGCCCACAGGGCACGGGCACCUUGGGGGUGCCAUUCCUCUUGGUGCCAGAAGGCAGCUGCCUCUCCAGAAGCUCCCCCAGCACUGAGCUCACUUAGUGGCAUCCUUCUUAAACAGCAUCUGCUUUUAAGUAAGCAGCUAUUCCAAAACAUGCCGUGAUUCAUGUAAUUUUUGAGUGGUUACUUUGGUGCAGUUUGUCAAUUUGCUCUGCCAUACUGUUUUUUGAUUAUUUGUUUGUUUUCCAGUGUAAAUAGCACAGCCCACAUAAAUGAGCGAAACUCAUCAUCUGAGGAUCUUUGAUUAUUCUUCCCCACUUAUUGUACAUUGAUGUGCCGCCUGCUAGGAAGAUAAACUCCCUCUUUGCUCACUCAGAGCCAAGAUCUCUGUGUUAGUUACACUCAGCCUUAUCUGAGCAUUCCAGGGAGGUCUUAAAUGAAUGUUUGGGGUUUUGAAACGUGCUACCAGCCCUUCCUUCCAAAGACCAUGAAGCAUGGCUCUGUGUGGUUUUGUGUGUCUAGGUUUAGAGCUUGUAUUUGGAUGUAAGGAGUGACUAAAAACAGGUCUAGGCAGAGAACUGCUAUCUUUUAAACCACCCCAGCCCUCAGUCAAACAGAAAGAAUGAGCUUCUUCUGAUGUCAAAUCAUUCUAGAAAGGUCUUAGCUAGUGAGCACAAAGUAGCCAAUCCCGGGAGUUUAUAUAGGCCUCCAUGUGACCAAGCCAUCCCUAGCUAGGAAACUUAACUCUUUGCACAACCUCCCUUUAUGCCGAAGGGCCCAUGGGAACAUGGGAACAUUUGCACUUUGUCAGAGGAGUGGCCCCACCCUACUCUCUGCCUGAAACACAAAGCAGCUCCCCUCAGAACAGCCAGCCCGGUGCAGAAGCACUUGAACAUCCCAUUUUCCAUCUUAUUUCACUUUGGUUGCAGGGAGUUAAAUACAUAGGCCACAGCAGACUAAGGGAGCGGUGUGCACAAUGGCCCCCAGAAUAUCCAGUGACCCAAGUGAUGUUAGUCUUAGGGUCCCUAAGGCAGUAGGGCGUGGGGAGGAAAGUUCUCUCCAUCGAUUCCCAAACACACCAGCCACAAGUCCACACUCCACACCUGUAAACGCACAGCCCAUGCCCCAUUGUAAAGGUGACUGAAGAGAACGGUCAACUCAAUGGUGAUGGGCCUGUUUUGGAGCUAAAAGCAUAAAAUGAAUCCUCCCUGUAGCUCCAUUGCCUUUUCCUCGUGAAGCAUUCCCUGCUAAAUGUUCUAAGAGUUACUGUACAUAGAAUCAAGAGAGCAGUUUUGAAUGAGCCGUAAAUCUGAGUCAUAUAUAAGAGGCAUAAUAUAAAUUGGGCCAAGCUUGCCUAUCUAGGACACACAGGUUUAUAGAGAUUAAGCACUAGUGAGUAGCGGGGGAAGGGAACAGUGACUGUAUAAAUGGCCAUAUAAAUGACCUACUUGUCUUCUCAUGUAGGCUGGAAUCAGAACCUACGUAUGCCGUAGAUAACAGUCAAUUAAAUGGGUUAAUGUUCUAAGCCAAGAGAGUUCUUAAGACAUGCGCUUGGGACUGGAUUAACUCUUGUCAAUAUCUUGGAUUCCAUAGUAAAACAUCUGUUAAGUAACAUGCGGCAGGAAAGGAUGCAGGGAGCAUUGGACUGUAGGAAAUUCUCCUUUAUACAAGUUAAUUAGUUUUGUCUCUGGUGGCUCUCUCUUAAAACAGAAUCCCCUGGAGACCCGGGUUUUCAUUUUGUAAUUCAACACCCAAAUAUUUGCAACACUAAAUAACAACUCCCUAAAGACUUCAGUCUUGCAUGGGCUUAAGCAACUCACACUGGUUAGCUUUUGUCAGAUUUCGUCGUUUCCACAGCAAAAUUUCUUAGUGUUGAUGUUGAUAGCUUCUGGGUUGGCAAACUGGCAGUUCACUCUAGUCUUACUGGGUUGGGCAGGUCCUUGCCCCCAGAAAAUUGGGGAUAGCUUUGGCCAUGGGAGGAGCAAGAACACUAUGCAGUCGUAAGCUCUGUUUUUUGUUUUGUUUUGUUUUGUUUUCGGCACCAUUAUGUACCAUGAAGACUUACGGCCACUGCUAAUACAGCAUAGGGGACACUGAGGAGCCCUAGUAUCAUUGUUUGAAAUCAUUUUACAGGGAACUGCAGGGGUGAACACCAUUGUACCAAUCCCCGGGCCAGUGUCUCAUUUCCUAACAGAAUCAUCCCAUUCUUGUUCACUCUUCAGUCAUCCCAAGCCAAAAGGGAAAAUUCGAAACCCACUGUGACACCCCAACCCUAAUUUCCAACCUUUGGAGGACUCACCUGGGGCAGAAGAGAGAAAGGGCUUUGCUGAAGUCUCAGGCUGCUGAGAGCCAUGUAUGGGCAUAGGAGCAAGCUGAUGGCAUGGCUCUUGACAAGGUUUUCUAUAGGGCAGCAGCUGCUGCUCCCAGGGGAACCCUCUCCUGUUGCCUCCGCAGUCUAUUCUGGGGUGGAAACACCAUUCUCUAUUAUUUCUCUCACAUACAUGUGGAUUUCUAAUAUCAAGUUAUGUGACUGCCUACCACUUAAGGCCUACAAAACAACAUGGGAGUUUCUUGAGUAUGCAGCAAGUCAACAUGAAUGGGACCCUAGAAAAUGUGAGGAGCAGGAUUCUCUAAGGUGCUCUUAGAUACGGUGUCACUUCCACAUACAAGCACAAUUCUCCCAGUUAAGGGGCUGGAAGACAAGCGGGGCAACUGGUUUUGAAAGCCCGCUGGCGUGCCAGAGGGGGUGUUUGCCCACACCCUCCUUGAAUUUAACUGCCACAAUCUAUCCGCAGGUGUGUUUUGUUCUAUUUCUUGUUUUUCACUAGUGUUUGCGUUGCUUCCUCUGAAGCCAGAGGGUGAAAGGCCCUAGCAAAGUUAGUUAUCAGUCAACUGAUGAUAACUGUGAUCCUUAAAGAUGAAUUCUCAGCCUGAGGUGACACACAGAGGUUCAGCAGACGUCUCAGGAUCUGUCACAUGUCAUGUUGCUUGGUGUGAAGAUGGAAGAACAAAGUCCACAUCAGUUUCUGCUCCUUCAAACAGUGUGUCGAUAUGAAACAUUGAGAUUUGGCAGAAACAUGUGCCUAGUUUGCAGCACCAAAUACUGGUCUUCUCAGAAGUGUUUCUGUUUUUUUGUUUUUGUUUUUGUUUUUGUUUUUUUGUUUAAUUUCCUCUUCUGGCAUCCCCAUUUGGAUCAUUUCCUCUCUUUCUUUCCUGGAGAAACAGGAUGGCAGGUGCUGGAGCCCAGAGAGGGGUCACCCUCCAGCUAAAAUGAUUUAAAUGGAAAGGAGAAUGACAGCAAAGCCUCACGUGAACUUUAAUGACCUUAUCAAUGACCUUUACUAACUUACCUUUGGUACCCGGAUUGUUGAGAGGUGAGUGGGACUAAAAGCCAGGAUCAAGAUCAGGUUGCUCCACACAUUUGCAGAGCAGGAGCCCCAGGAAUGUGAGUUAGAGCCAGAAAGUAUUGAACUGGACAUGGAAUGAAGCUCGAGGCCAUGCAUUGAUAACAUUUUUAGAGUCUUUUACAUUAUUUUUUCAAAAGGAACACAUGUUUACUACAAACCAUUUAGAAAAGACCAAUAACCAAACAGAAGGGAAAUGUCUGAAGCCUUCCAGUUGUUUAAUUCUGUAGAAACUGUUCACGAAAGGCUGAAUGAGUGGGGACAAGUCACAGAGAUCUCGCCAUGGUCAGCACCAGGGACAAGUCUGGCUCCAAUGUAUGUUUUAUGAAGUCUGAUUAGCUUCCAGAUGCAUCUUUGCCAGCUGAACUUGUCAUGCACUAAACUUCCCAUUGAUCAUUAGAGUGUCUACGAUUAAGUGGAAAAGGUGGUCAACCAUUUGGAUGUUUGACUUUCGCAACAUCAAGCAUUGGCCAUUGGGCAUAUCUGGGCAUUGGUAUGGAAUAAACAGGAUACUCAGUGAAACAUCCAAAUUAUUGACUGGAUUUUUCCCAUGGGGCAUCUGUCUAAGAAUCACAGAUCUGAGAAAUAGAAGGACCAGGUCCAUGUUGAUGAUCCUAGUGUGUUCAAAUAACUCUUGAAUUCACCAGGUCUCAUUGCAUUUAUUUAAAGAUGGAGCCCAUUGUCCCCUCCUCCUCCUCAGCUCACCCAUGGAACUAGAAAUUCACAAACCUGAAGCUGAACCACAGGACAAGAAAUUAAACAGCAACGGCCACAUGGCCUCUUUUUUCACAGGUUUUGCACUGAAUGUUUUAGAACUUUAUUCCCCCACCCCCUUACCCAUGUAUACCAAAACUGGUUUUAUUUUCAUUUUCCUAAAUUAUUUUCUGAUACAAUAAACUGUUAACUGUUUAUUUAUA